AUGCUUCAAACCGGCCUAGUGAAUGGUUCGAAAAUUGCUGUGCUACUGUUAUCCCUGGUGAAGGCAGCGUCCAAAUAUUAUGACGGCCCGAUUCGGCCGUACGAGUUUGGCUUCAACAUCGAAGGUCACCAGCAUCGGAGAGAAUCGAAAGAUGAAAAUGGCGUCGUCAUGGGUGAGUUUGGUUUCAUUACAGCCGAUAACGUGUACCACGUCACAGUGUAUGCAACGGACGAAAACGGAAACUUUAAAAUAGUCAGUAUGAAAAACUAUAAACUGGGAGCAACUGCUUCACCCGCGUUCGGUCCUGCUCCGCGUACACCAAACGCGCCCUUUGCGACAUCCUCAACCACACCGCAACCGUUUCGAAUAAUUACCACUGCCAAACCUCUGACGACCGCUCAACCAUCCGGAUUAGCCGCCUGCGGUGGGUGCAUUGUACCGGAAUUGACGACUACCACUCCGAAACCAAUCCCAACGGAGAAUCCAACACCCGAAACCAGUACUCAGAUUGCUUCCCCUUUUAGGAUUGUCAACAAGAACGACAUAGAAAGCAUACCAACAACCAGCGCUUCGAGAUCGGUUACAACGAUGAUGCCCAACAACCCUUCAAAAUCAAACUCUGCCGAAACACCGCAAAAGCUCAUAGAGAAGCAACAAGACACGAAAGCUUUCAACUCAAAAGAGUCGACAAAGUCAAACGAAUCCCCUGCUACUAUGCAAACCCGCAACAAAUCACCCACUACCCAAACUCAACCGCAACCGCAACCAACAGCGGCAUCAAACAUCGCCACCGGCAGCAGAGGCGAUUUUAGUGAGAAACAAUCAGACGCUAAACCGAAAACAUCGAAUGCACCGCAAAAAAGCUCACCAAUGACGACGAAGCUCGAUCGACUAAACACUGCCAACAUGAUGAUCCAGCACAUUCUCAAUGGUUUACUGUACCGAUUUAACUACACCGUCGGUUACCACGGUCACCACGAGCAAGGUGACCGCCAGGGCAACAAAGAAGGUGGCUACUACAGCAUCGGUCGGGAUGGCAUCCGGCGGGGUGUUACCUACAAGGCGAACGAAUUCGGCUUCCAGCCGCAUAUCACCUUCGAUAAGGUUGCUCCCGAAGAGACACCCCGAGAGGAAACGGAAAAACAAGCCGGACUGAAAGGGUUCGAUUUCAAAUGGUUCUGGGGCGAGUCAUAA